GUGGAGUAAAACUAGGGUUCUGUAGUAUGUAUAAAUCAUUGUGAUCAAUCGGUAAGCGUAACGCAUCACACGCCGAACUGCCGGAAUUCACAGGAGAGGAACUGAGAGGAAGGGAUCCCUCCUCUUUGGAAUCCAGAAAUACGCCAUGGGAAAGGUGCAUGGGUCUCUGGCUCGCGCCGGUAAGGUGAGAGGGCAAACGCCGAAGGUUGCAAAGCAGGACAAAAAGAAGAAGCCUAGGGGGAGGGCUUAUAAGCGGAUGCAGUAUAAUCGUCGCUUCGUGACUGCAGUUGUUGGCUUUGGAAAGAAGAGGGGGCCUAACUCGUCCGAGAAGUAAAGGUUGGAAAUUUAAAAUUAUACUAUUUGUAGGAACUGUAAGAUUUGCGUCUGCUGUAUUCUGAGAUGUAAUGGACUAAUUUCAUAUUUAGGGAUGGUACAUGAAUGUGAAGACCUAAUUUGUUAUGUUAUUCAAUGCAAUUUUCAAAGCAUGGAGUUCUAAGGAAAUUCAUGAAGCUAUUUUAAUGUUUA